AGGCAGCAGUACUGAUCAAGCCCCAGCGGGAGGAGCAGCUGUCGUUCAUCCCCAGGCCGUCGUCCCGGCGCAUGUCCUAUGGAUUGCGAAAAUGUCUGGGUCUGGAAGAUUGCAACUUGUGAUGCUGCAUUUGGAUACUACAAAAAUCUGUAUUGCAUGAACAGGAAAAGAGGUCCAGUUUUUGCCACGGCGAGAGGGCAUUUCUCAUGCGGUGUAGGCAUCAGGAAGCCCACCUCACAAAAUCUGUGAUGCUAGGUAAUACAUCACAGACGUCAAGAUUCAUGCAAACUGUGCAUGACAAACCUUGCAUCCUUCCAGACCCAGACAUUUUUGCAGUUCAUAUGUUCCGGCCGCUCCGGUCCCUUUCCUCUACUCACUUGCCAGCCUGCAGGACAUUGGUCCACAGGAAGGCUCGUUCGUCCCGCACGAACAGCGCCCGGCCGCCGACCUGAGUCGCAGGAGCUUCCUGGGCCGCUACAACGAC